UUCGAUUCGAACCUCACCCUCGAUUACCCUCUCGCCGUCGACCAACUGAGACUCAACUCUUCUGUUCUCAGUCUCUCUCUGUCUCGUCUCAUUCUCUCUCUCUCUCUCUCUCUCUCUCUCUCUCUCUCUCUCUCUCUCUGUGACUGUAUCUCACGUUCUCUGCUACUGCUUGCGAGUUGUAAGCCAGGGAAAAAGUGCAACUCUUGCACUGUUGUUCGUAGACCUUCCAAUUAGCACAACCACUCCACAAGGCAAGGCACUAGUCUUAAAGAGCCAGCCAGUUGACCUGCUGCACGAAAGGAAAGGAAAAAAGAAAGAAAUGCCUCUGUAUGAUUGUAUGCUGCUGGUGAAACCCCAUGUAAGGAAGGAGGCUCUGAUGGACUUGGUUGCUAGAGUAAGCAAACAUGUUUACAGAAGAAAUGGAGUUCUUACUAACAUGAAGUCAUUUGGCACUGUUCAGUUGGGCUAUGGUAUUAAGAAGCUUGAUGGCAGAUAUUAUCAGGGUCAACUAAUGCAAAUGACGAUGAUGGCUACACCUAACAUCAACAAGGAGCUGCAUUACUUGAACAAGGAAGAUAGAUUGCUGCGCUGGCUUUUGGUUAAACACCGAGACACGAAGUACGGACUGGAAUUUCUUAGUGAAGAUGAUGCAAAAAGUGAAGUCAGUAGGUUUCAUCCGAGCAGCAUAUAUGAUGAUGAUGAGGAGGAGGAGGAUGAGGAUGAGGACGAGGAUUCUGACGAUAAUGAAUAUGAUGUGGACCAAGGAGGAAAUCCGACUGAAGGGUAAUGUAAUUCUGUCAUGGAUGGUCUGUUGGCAUUUUCUUGAAAUUCUGGAUUUAUGUUUGUCAUAAGGUAUGGAAGUAGUAGUAAGUUUUAUGAAGUAUGUUGGGGGAAUUGGCUUAUCAAUGUAUUAAAUAUCGUGAGCUUUUAGUUUUGAUCUGGGUGGUGCACCCAAAUUCCUUUUUUUCUUAAUUGGCUAGUAGUGUACGGAACCCAUUGAAGAUGAACUUGAUCAUCUGACGUUAGAGAA